GGAUCAGAGCUAAUGCCCAAAGCCCUUUCUACCAGGAUAGUGGGAGGUAUAUGGUGGUUUUUCACCCUGAUCAUCAUCUCUUCUUACACGGCAAACCUGGCUGCCUUCCUGACAGUGGAAAGGAUGGAAUCUCCGAUCGACUCAGCAGAUGACUUGGCCAAACAAACAAAAAUAGAAUAUGGGGCUGUCCGAGAUGGCUCAACCAUGACCUUCUUUAAGAAAUCCAAGAUUUCUACCUAUGAAAAGAUGUGGGCGUUUAUGAGCAGCCGGCAGCAGACAGCACUGGUAAAGAACAAUGAUGAAGGCAUACAGCGAGUACUCACCACGGAUUAUGCAUUGCUCAUGGAGUCCACCAGCAUUGAAUUUGUCACACAACGAAACUGUAACUUGACCCAAAUUGGGGGCCUCAUUGACUCAAAAGGAUAUGGUGUUGGUACACCCAUUGGUUCACCAUACAGAGAUAAAAUCACCAUUGCCAUCUUACAGCUUCAGGAAGAAGGGAAAUUACACAUGAUGAAGGAGAAAUGGUGGAGGGGGAAUGGUUGUCCAGAGGAGGACAGUAAAGAAGCCAGCGCUUUAGGAGUGGAGAACAUUGGAGGGAUUUUCAUUGUUCUGGCUGCGGGACUUGUCUUAUCAGUCUUUGUAGCAAUAGGAGAGUUCAUCUACAAAUCCCGGAAGAACAGCGAUAUAGAACAGGCCUUUUGUUUCUUUUACGGUCUGCAAUGUAAACCGACCCACCCGUCCAACUCCACUUCGGGGACCACCCUGUCUACGGAAUUAGACUGUGGCAAAUUACUCCGGGAGGAGCGAGGAAUAAGAACACAACCCUCUAUUCACACCGUAUAA